AGAACAUCCAAAAAAUAUGGGUUUCGUGAGGUCUCUGAUGAGGAUGACUGGACUCUGUACUGGACAGAUUAUUCUGUUGCCUUGGAGAGGGUUAUGGACAUGAAGAAGUAUCAGAAAAUUAACCAUUUCCCAGGCAUGAGUGAAAUCUGUCGCAAAGAUCUGUUAGCCCGCAAUUUGAACCGCAUGCAGAAACUAUUUCCUAAAGAAUAUAACGUGUUCCCCAAAACCUGGUGCCUACCUGCUGAUUAUGGUGAUUUUCAAGCGUAUACAAGACAGAAAAAGAACAAAACGUAUAUACUAAAGCCAGAGUCUGGGUGUCAAGGCAAAGGUAUUUGGGUGACCAAAUGUCCCAAAGAAAUCAAAUCAAAUGAACACAUGAUCUGCCAGGUCUACAUCACUAAACCUUUUCUGAUUGAUGGGUUCAAGUUUGACCUUAGAGUUUACGUACUGGUGACGUCAUGUGAUCCCUUGAGAAUAUUUGUUUUUAAAGAUGGCCUGGCCAGGUUUGCCACCAACAAGUACUGUGAGCCAACUCACAAUAACACUGACAAUGUGUACAUGCACCUGACAAACUAUGCUAUAAAUAAGCACAGCCAAGACUUCGUUAGAGAUGAUGAAGCUGGUAGCAAAAGACGCAUCAGCACGAUCAAUAAAUACCUGAAAGAAAACGGUUAUGAUGUGGACAAAUUGUGGACAGAAAUUGAUGAUGUCAUCAUCAAGACCAUGAUCUCCGCUCACUCUGUGCUGAAACACAACUACCGCACCUGUUUCCCCAACCACGUCAAGGGUAGUGCCUGUUUUGAGAUUCUCGGAUUUGACAUCAUACUAGACAGGAAGCUGAAGCCUAUAGUGCUUGAGGUGAACCAUUCACCAAGCUUCACCACAGAUGCUAAUCUUGACAGAGAAAUAAAAGGAACCCUGAUCUGGGAUACUUUAGGUCUGGUCAACUUUGGAGCUGUGGACAGGAAAAAGUGCAUGGAGGAGGAGAGGCGGAGGAUCAAGGACCGGCUGCUGGGCAAGACUGUCAAGAAGGAAACAAAAGAAGAGCUAGAAGCAGCCUUCACUGUGUAUCUGGAACAGUUGGAGAAGUAUGAGGAGAAGCAUUUUGGUAACUUCCGCAGGAUUUAUCCCAUGCCAGGCUUUGAGAAAUAUGACAAGUUCUUUCACAGCAGUGGAACUCUUUUCCAAGAAACAGCAGCCUUCAAAGCCCGACAGGAAAUGGCCAGGCAACAGAGGGAAGAGAUUCUGAGAAAGAAAGAAAAAAAUGAAAUGAUGCUGAAAGGGAAAGUCAAGAAAGAUGUUUUAAGGCCAGAGAGCCCUGGAAGGAGAAAGAGGAAGUUGAGCAGUCGACCUACUUUACCACUCAGACAUCUUGGAAGUCAGAGGAUUUUUCCUAAUGAGAUUGCUGAGCAGAUUCCUGUACUUUUUUACUCCAAAACUAUGCUUGUCUCACAAAGACAUGCAAAGUUUGUAAGUUGCAGACAAAUAACCUUACCACAUGAUUAUAAAGAUGAGGACCCCAUUGAUACAACAAAACCCAUGGACAUCAUAGAGGAAGAAGAGCUUGAGCGCUUGUCUGGUCUUCUGCAGCGAGACAACCUGGUCCGUGGCCUGGGUAUUGUGGAGCAUGCAUACCGUCUGCUGCACUGUACGCCUGGCACACUCAGCAACGUCAGGUCUGACCCCAGGGUGCAAGGGAUGUCUGGGGGACUUAGUCAGACUUUGGCUGAAAUUCAAGAAGCUUCCCAGCAUUCAGCCAAUUUUCAACUUCCCACUAACGCAGAGCAUCUGACUCACCUUGCUCCAGCUCACUGUAGCCUUAGUGCCUUACACCUGCUUACUCACACUGAUGCUAAAGUCACUAACUCCACUGAAUCGGCUAGUGCUCAUGAUCUUUUUAUCACUAACUUUUCUGCUUUAACUAACCUAAACCCGCCGGCUUAUAACAACACUAACAGGACCGUAGAUGAUAAGGUCAAAUACACGUUAACCCACACAGCCAAAGCUACAUCAACCAGCACCACACCAGCCACAUCUUCUAAUCAGCGUGGCAUCACUAUAUCACAACAUCUCCACCAACAUAUACCCAACAAAUUGAAUUCAAAUCUCACUGAUCUGACAUUGUAUACCAUGCCAAGUGUCAUACCUACAUCAGUUAGUACACCCUCAACUCGCUCUGCCAGUGUUAAAGGCAAGAGGUUAUAUAAGAGGAGCUCUUCUUCAAAAAGAAAUAAAAUCAAGAGUUCAUAUUCUGAGUUUUCACCAUCAUUAACUCUGCAUUCACACAACUAUCUCUCUGCUCGUCUCAAUGUUCCUGCCUCUUUCUCAUCGUUAAACAAUUCCGCUAAGCAAUCAGCCUCUUACUUACUUCAGCCAAGCUACAGCCAGAAGCCACAGAAUAGAGCAACCUCUGUCUCUAACUUAAAUGAGCCUGCAGCUGCCUCACAGCAGCGCACAAAAUUUACAAGGAAACCUCUUGGAGUUUUGGCCAAGCCUGGUCCUAUGACUGCCAUGCUACAGGAAGUGGAGUAUCACAGUCUAGUAAACAUGCAGGAGACGGAGGCAGAGAGAGGGCGCUUGUUGGGGAAGACUAAUUACCGCGCAGAUUGGCGAUCUGAUAACAGCACACCCUCUAGAGCACGUUCUCUCAGUGCUAAACAUAGGGACCAUGAUCUGGUGCGCAACUUGUCCCAGAGCCUCUCUGUGGUAUCAGCUCCAGCGCCCAUGACUUUUAAACCAGAUGUGCAUGCAAACAAUGGUUUUCAUAAAGUAGUCUCACCCCAGGCUGUUCUACCUGACCAGAGAUCAACAAAGUCCCAAAGGUUUCGUGGUGCAUCCAACAGCAUAAAGCUUCAUCAAAUGGAAAUGAGAGAGAAUCAAGCUUAUGUAUAUAGUUAAGCUCCUAUCUCCCUCUAUAAUGUUUUUAGUCAGUUGCAGUUUGAUUGUUGCAACUAAAACAUUCAAAUUGUAGACAUGUAAUAUUAUUUAUUUCUAUUUUAUAAGCUUCCUGUGAUAAGACACACUCCACAACAUUUAACAUGGUUAUGGAUUUACAACUGUAUAUACAUUUUUGUAAAUUGAUUCUCUUGUUGAUUUCAGCAUUUCUUUUCCUACAAAUAACAUAAUUUGAUAUUAGAAUAGAUCUAUUGUCAACAAGUAUUGAUUUAUUUGUACAUUUAAUUAUACAAUACACCCAAAACAAGUUUGCUUCAUGAAAUGCACUUAACAUUCCACAAACAUUUUGCUGUAUGAAAUUCCAGUUAUGAUACUUUUUUAAUAUAUUCUAAUAUUUUCCAAUUAUUAAUUUUACUAAAAUUAAGACAACUUUGAUACAUCUCUUUUACUUUUAUAUUUUCUGCAGUUUAUGCGGAAAUGCCAAAAUUAUUAAUUUAUCUUUAUUGAACUCCUUGAAAAUAUUUAUACAAAAAUUUUACAUGCUCAAGUACUUCAUAUAAAUAUAUAUCAUUAUGUACAUAAGACAAAUUUAGUUAAACUAGUUAAAGGGGUGUAUUGCUAAAUCAACUAUCUAAACUAGCUCCAAAACCAAUGUGCUUGUUCACCUCAUGAAUCAUGAAGAUAUGUAAUAUCUUUAAGGUUAUGUUUUAAUCAGAUAAUAGAUUCUUCAGAUUACUUAUAUUUUAUUGCUAGCUUACUAAACUUAAUUAAAUUAUGUAUUGCAUUGUUUUCAAUAGCAUCCUCAAGGAAAUAAAGAAAUAAAAAUUUUAAAUGUUAAUCUGUUAUGAUUAAAGCUAUAGCUUGCAAGAAAUUUUUUUGCCAAGAUCAAUAAAAAAGGAAAAACAAACAAAUGACUAGAUUAAAAAAAUCCUUAAGUUUGAUAUAAAUCUCAUUCAGUAUUAAAAAUAUAUUGUAAUCAGAAACUAACAAAAUGUGAGUUUGUUUUAACAGUGUCCAAUCUUUUAUUUUAAAUUUUAUAUUAAGUCUAUUAUAUCACUAUUCUUUUAAUGCCUGUACAAGUUUUUGUGAUAUUAAGGGAAAAAUGUGAUAAUAAAUGUCUUCCUUUAAUGAACCUUUCAUUAUUUGA